AAAGAAAUAAAGUGAGGGGAGGGGAGAGUUCCAUUUCCCCAAGUACUAGACGAGAGGGAGAGGGGGAGAGAGAGAGGGUGGGGAGGAGGAGCAGAGCCAGAGGCCAGCAGCCCUCCCAGCACACUACGACGCGAGAGGAGAGAGAGAAAGAGAGUGGGGAGGAAGGAAGGGAGGCAGCAGGGGCUGCAGCAGAGGCCAGAAGCAUUAGAAGCGGCAGUCGUAACCAAGUGGCAUCAGUAGAUAGAGCCCAUCCAUCUAUCUAGCUCUACAGGUAUAAAUCCUCACGCAUCGGUAGGAGGGCGAGGGAGAGGGUGGGGAGGAGAGGCCGUCACCAGGCCAACUACCAAGUGGGGGAGGACCGGAGGUGGGGGAUUUCUCGGGGGAGGAGUGCCCGGGAGGACCUGAUUGGGGGCUCCGGGCCGCGGUCUCUGAGCGCAGAUUUGGUGCCUGCGAUCUGCCAUGGAUUCGAUUUUGUCGUAGAAGAGGACGAGGAGCAAAUAAAGCAACAGGAGUAAGAAUUUCUCGGGGUGGGCAAGGGAGAAGGCAUGAUGCUGGAAGGGAAGUCCUACCUCGUCUCGCGCUCCCUGCCGAGCUCCUGCGAGCCGGAGACGGAGUGGGCGUACCUCGCGCACGAAGUCCUCAGCGGCAAGCGCCCCGCGCCGGAAGAUGUCGAGGAAGCUGACGGCGGCGGCAAGCGCAGCAAGCCGCCGUCUCCGCAGCCGCACACGCCGGACAUCACCGAGGGCCACGGCUCCAGCCGCCAUGCCUCCGGUGGUGGGGAGCAGCAGGGCACUGGGAGCAACCCCAUUAAUUCUAUCGGCCGUGACCUGACCAUCAAUUGCCUCCUCCGGCUAUCCCGGUCGGACUACGGCUCGGUGGCCUCCCUCAGCCGGGACUUCCGCUCCCUGGUCCGCAGCGGGGAGAUCUACCGCCUGCGGCGCCAGAAUGGGGUGGCGGAGCAUUGGGUCUACUUCUCCUGCAAUGUUCUUGAAUGGGAUGCAUAUGACCCAUAUCGAGACCGCUGGAUCCGAGUGCCCAAGAUGCCGCCAGAUGAGUGCUUCAUGUGCUCUGACAAGGAAUCACUUGCAGUCGGCACUGAACUGCUUGUGUUUGGGAUGGCGCGUAUUGUAUUCAGAUACAGCAUCCUAACCAAUUCAUGGACGAGGGCUGAUGCAAUGAACUCGCCCCGCUGCCUGUUUGGGUCAACAAGUGUUGGGGAGAAGGCCUUUGUAGCUGGAGGCACUGAUGCUUUGGGCACCAUACUGAGCUCGGCAGAGAUGUAUGACUCUGAGUCACAUACCUGGACGACUCUCCCCAGCAUGAAUAGAGCAAGGAAGAUGUGUUCUGGGGUUUUCAUGGAUGGCAAGUUCUUUGUGAUAGGUGGCGUAGCCAACAACAACAAAGUACUGACUUGUGGGGAGGAGUAUGACCUGAAGAGGCGUUCUUGGAGGAUCAUCGAGAACAUGUCUGAAGGCCUCAACGGAGUGACUGGUGCUCCUCCCCUUAUUGCAGUUGUCAACAAUGAGCUCUAUGCUGCUGAUUAUAGUGAGAAGGAUCUCAAGAAGUAUGACAAGAAGAACAAUAAGUGGAUUACUCUUGGAAAGCUGCCUGAACGGUCUGUGUCCAUGAAUGGGUGGGGGCUUGCUUUCCGAGCAUGUGGUGACCGAUUGAUUGUCAUCGGAGGCCCGAGGACCUAUACUGGUGGUACUAUUGAGCUCAAUUCAUGGAUCCCAAAUGAUCGGCCGCCUGUGUGGAAUAUGAUUGCCAGACGGCCAUCUGGGAACUUCGUGUAUAACUGUGCCGUGAUGGGUUGCUGAGUCCACUGAAUAAAAGAUGAAUGAAGUGGAUAUUUAUGAAGGAUGGUAUGCAUAGAGGCGGGCCUGUCCAAUUGCUUCAGCCCUUAUUCUUCGUAGCAAUUUCUGCCUUCUGCCCAGUUUCGGAAUUAACUGGACAUCAGCUGAUUGUCAGCAGUCUCAUGUAACCCUUGAGUUCUAAUACUUCUGUUUCCCUGCUAAUCCAUUUCCACAUUUGCAUUUGGAUCAACUGCUCGUGAUUUCAAAGAUAUGAGACUAUGCAAAACAAAUGUCUUAUUAAUAAUCUAGAAAGACUUUCAGAGGGUUUUUAUCUAUUGAUGAGAGGAACCUGUUAAGAAAUACUUGAUUCGCCUGCAGUUGCAACAAAUGCUAAUUCUUUUUCAUCAA